AUGGCUCGCUGCCGAGACGCUGCGCGGCGCCGGACCUCUCGCUCUCACGACCGUCGUCGCUCGCCUUCUGCACAUCGCAGACAAAGCCGCAGCUCCAGCAGAACGCGAUCGCGCUCUCACCGCAAUCGUAGCACAAGUCGAUCGUCCAGGAGCUCUUGUCAAAGCAGGAGCUCCCGUCGCAGUCCCGAACGUCUCUUUGCGUCUUGUUCUCGUGCUAGGGGAAGCCCUGUCCGUAUUCUUGGCGUGUCUCAAUUAGGUCUUGAUAAACUCGCAGCGGAGAAGCGUCAAGAGCGUGAAAACGGCCGCUCGAAGAGCUCCAAGCUCGCUCCGAGUCGAGUUGAGCGUGAAGACAUGAGCCAAAAGUCUCAAUUGACUCGGCAUAAAAGCGCUACUGGCUUGGUACUAAGUGACUGGGAUGAGCCUGAACAGUUGGAGAGUGUGUCGAUGUACCAGGAGGACAGAGAGAAAUCUGAGACGCCCAAAACACGGGACGAUAGCAGGUCCAGUAGAUCUACGUCGACUCAGAGAAGAGAAGAGAGAGAGGAUGAACGUGAGACACAGGAGGAGGAAGCGAGAAGUAGCAGGAGCAGAAGUAGCAGUACGAGCACGUGGAGAGACUCAAGUGAUUUGGUGUCGCCGACUCGACUGAGUGGUCGACAGCGAGGAGAGAGCGUGGAAGCUCCUAAGAAAGAAUACGAAGACAUAGUGGAGGAGGAUUUCGAUCGGGAGUUCUACUUGAAUGACGAUGCUGGCGGUAUGGAGUUGCAUGAAGGACAUGCGUUUCUUGGAAGUGAGAAGAAGUUCAAGGCUUUGGAAGAGCAGUUGGAGCAAACUAGAGCUAGAGGCGAUAAUAAGCUCAAAGGCAUGUCGGCGAGAGCGUCAGCGCUUUCAGUAGAUCAAGAAGCGUGGGAGAAGAACAGAUUGUUAACGAGCGGCGUCGUUUUGUCUGGACGUGUGGAUACAGAUUUUGACGAUGAGUUGGACUCGAGAGUGCAGAUCAUGGUGCACAGUACGAAGCCACCGUUCUUGGAUGGUCGAGUGGCGUUUACGACACAGGUGGAGGUAGUUGCAACUGUUAAGGACCCGACGUCGGACAUGGCAGUGUGCGCCAGGAAAGGCAGUGAGCUGCUGCUAGAAGUACGGGAACAACGUGAAAGGAACAAGAUGCGGAAACGAUUCUGGGAAAUUGGUGGCUCGCGCAUGGGUGACGUUAUUGGUGUGAAGGCGGAUCCUGGAUCUGGAGACGAAGAAGAUAAGCAGCGAGAGGCGGAUGAUGAGAAUUACAAACACAACUCCCAGUUUUCGACGCAUUUGAAGAAGCAAAAGGCUGUAAGCGUUUUUGCCAAGACCCGCACACUUCGUCAGCAGCGUGAAUUCCUGCCAAUCUUUCAGUGUCGUGAAGAAUUGCUGCAAGUAAUACGAGAGAACCAGAUUGUAGUGAUUGUUGGCGAAACGGGUUCGGGCAAGACCACACAACUUACGCAAUACUUGCAUGAAGAAGGGUAUUCGCAGUUUGGUACGAUUGGCUGCACGCAACCGCGUCGCGUGGCAGCCAUGUCAGUAGCACAGCGCGUUAGCGAAGAAAUGGAGAUUAAGCUGGGCGAAGAGGUGGGCUAUGCUAUUCGAUUCGAGGAUCUCACGUCGGACAAAACUAUUAUCAAGUAUAUGACAGAAGGUGUACUCUUGCGCGAGUCGCUGCGUGAGGCUGAUCUGGAUUCGUACUCGUGCGUGAUCAUGGACGAGGCUCACGAGCGCGCUCUCAACACGGACGUACUGUUCGGUAUCCUUCGCAAGGUGGUCCAGCGUCGCAGUGACUUCAAGCUUGUUGUGACGUCGGCCACGCUAGAUGCCGAAAAGUUUGCUCGUUUCUUUGGUGGAGUACCAAUGUUCACCAUUCCAGGCCGAACAUUCCACGUGGAUACCCGCUAUGCUAAAUCACCUAGUGAUGAUUACGUGGACGCGGCAGUGAAGCAAGUAAUGCAGAUUCAUUUGUCUCACCCGCCUGGUGAUGUCUUGGUCUUCAUGACGGGACAAGAGGACAUCGAGGCUACGUGCUACGUGCUGGCAGAUCGGAUGGGUAAGCUCGAUGGCGCACCACCACUCUUGGUUCUCCCUAUGUAUUCUCAACUGCCUACAGACUUGCAAGCAAAGAUUUUUGACGCCUCGGACGUUCGAAAGUGCAUCGUAUCUACCAACAUUGCUGAAACGUCACUUACUGUGGACGGCAUUAAGUAUGUCAUUGAUGCAGGCUUUUGCAAGGUUAAGGUUUACAAUCCCAAGAUCGGUAUGGAUGCGUUGCAGGUGACUCCUAUCAGUCAGCAAAAUGCCAACCAGCGCGCAGGUCGUGCUGGUCGAACAGGCCCCGGCGUCGCGUAUCGCUUGUACACAGAGCGUCAGUUUGUCAAUGAGCUGCUGGAAGCGCAGAUUCCGGAAAUCCAGCGGACAAAUUUGGGUUAUGUCGUGUUGCUGCUCAAGUCACUUGGCGUCACGAACUUGCUUGAGUUUGAUUUCAUGGAUCCUCCACCACAGGACAAUAUCAUCAACUCAAUGUAUCAAUUAUGGGUGCUUGGGGCACUCGAUAACACUGGUGAGCUCACGAAGAUGGGCAAGAAAAUGGUUGUCUUUCCACUGGAUCCACCGCUGGCUAAGAUGCUGUUGUUUAGUGAGCAGUUAAACUGUUCGACCGAGGUGCUCGUGGUGGUGAGUAUGCUGUCCGUCCCAAGCGUCUUUUUUCGUCCCAAGGAUCGUGAAGAAGAGAGCGACGCUGCCCGAGAAAAGUUUUUUGUGCCUGAGAGUGACCACUUAACACUGCUGAAUGUGUACCAGCAGUGGGAAUCGAACCAUCGCUCGGCCCAAUGGUGCUCUGACCAUUUCAUCCAUGCAAAGGGGUUGCGCAAGGCUCGAGAGGUGCACGAGCAGCUUGCCGAUAUCAUGAAACAGCAGCGCGUGCGGCUUCGUUCAUGCGGUGGACGCUGGGAUGUCGUACGAAAGGCAAUUUGCUCGGCCUAUUUCUACAAUUCUGCUCAAAUCAAAGGCAUUGGCGAGUAUGUGAAUAUGCUGACGGGCAUGCCGUGCAACCUCCACCCAAGUGCUGCGUUAUUUGGUCUUGGCUACACGCCAGACUUUGUGGUUUACCACGAAUUGAUUUACACGAGCAAGGAGUACAUGCAAUGUGCAACAGCUGUGGAAGGGGAGUGGCUUGCCGAGCUCGGACCCAUGUUUUUCAGUGUGAAAGAGUCGUUCAAGUCGCGCUUGCUGAAGCGUAUGAAGGAAAAGGAGGAAGUGAUUGGGAUGGAACAAGAGAUGGAAGCCUCACUUUGCGCUAAAGAGAGAGAAGCUGAGAAUGGUUUGGAUAAGCGGCUUGCAUUGAAGAGUCGUCAACACAAGAAGCAGCGGAUGGCAGUUGCGGAGAUGGGUCAAUCAGAUUCUGGCAGUUCCAAAAAGAUGGUUAGUCGUCCCCCUCGCCCUCGUCGCUUUGGUUUCUAG